AUGGGGGGAGCGAAUAUAGACGUGAGGCUUGAUUUGCAAGGCAUCCCUAAGAGAGGAAGUUUCAAGUAUCAUGGGUCAGUUAUCCAAGGGAACGAAGAGAUUGAUGAAGAUGUCACACACCAUGUAGGGGCAGGGUGGAUGAAAUGGAGAUUAGAAUCUGGCGUCCUGUGUGACAAGGAUGUGCCACCUAAACUUAAAGGUCCGAGUAGUGCUUAUGGACUUGUUGGUAUGGUUGGAUGGGGUGCCGAGGGGCUCGGAUAUGUUUCAAAUAGGUUUCAGACCAUUUUGGAGUUGAGUGGAAGUUCUGGCACUGGUGUGUCGUACCUGCGAGGUUUGGUACGCAUGUGCAACGUCGCACCUGCGGAUGAGGGGGGUGCAAAUGCGAAGGGCAGUUGGAGCUGGGACUUCGUUCUUACGAGGGUCCAUACGCAGAAGCCAAAGCACAGAAUCGGACGUGCAUGCGCACAUGCAGUGCCGCAAAAGCGGUUGAGUGGUCGCAAGUACGGGGAUGGCUGA